GGAGGAGAUCCGGUCCGAUCUAAACCUCUGCUCACCGUGACGAUCUCAACAGCUCGCAGGCGGCGGCAGGGGAAAGGUUUCCAGAAAGGAGGGAGGCUCGACUGGUGACAGCCCCCACCCGGCGUCCAGCGACCCGAGGCCCGAGGCCCGGGACCGGCAGCAGGCUGCAUCGGUAGCUGCCUUGAAGAGGGGUCGCGUCCAGCUUGUCAGACGUCAAUCAGCAGGGUUCUCCUCCUACCGCCCUCUCCACCUCCCCUCACCCACCUUCCCACCCCAUCGCCUUCAUCCUCCACUGGAGGGUGGAAGAGGUUCCUGUUGGGAAUACAAACCGUCGGCAGAACGAUCAGCAACUGGAAGGAUUAUCCCGCCCUGUCCACUGUCUGUCGUCAUUGACCCGCAGCCGGAGCAGGUUGGGCUUGCAAGUCAGCCGUGUGAAGGGAGAGGAUUGUUUAAAUUCGGCCGUGGGACUGUUCGGCGCGCAUUUGGCACAUCCCACGUGAAUUAGCGCUCCGGCUCCAAGUGCUUUGGUUGGAAGGUGUUUUUCCUUCUGUCUGGCCACGGAUCACAAAUCAGUGCUGAGUAAUUUAAUAGAAAGGCAGGUUGCUUCGCCACCUGCUGAGCAGAUCGUCUGUGUGUGUGUGUGUGUGUGUGUGUCUGGAUGUUUGUCUGUCUGUAUGUGUGUGUGGUCUUUGUAUCAUUGGUGGGAUUGGAUUAAUGCAACGCGGAUAUUUCAACGUGGGAGCAAUCAAGUCUGAUCCUUUGGCUGAAGUAACAGAGACUUUUGAGAAAUUGUUCAAUGAUGUGUGACCACAAUAUGUUGAAACGCACGCAGAAGAUCAUUGUCUCCUGAUUCUUACAGGAACGCGCCACUUUCAGAUUGUGUCUGGAAAUCUAACAAGCACGCUGUCUGGCUGUUUUCCCAGUGAACAUGGCAAGUGCACAAGGAGCUUUGAGAGUGAGAGAUGGAAUAUCCUUGGGUGAAGUAAUGGUGAAGAAAGAGCCUCUGUGUGAUGCAGUAGGAGAGAGACGCAGUGCAGGAAAGGCAUUGGAUGGUAGAAUUACAAACAUGCCCAGAGCCCAUGGGGUGAAGCAGGAAUGCGGCCAAGCCCCAGGAGACGAGGAGACAUCAGGUACAGAUGCAAUUAUGUCCAAAGCAUGCCUGCUGUCUGGAGUCCGUCCCUUGGAUCUUAACCCAGCCCUGAAACACACCUUGGCACAGUUCCAUCUAAGCAGUCAGAGCUCACUUGGUGGGCCAGCAGCGUUCUCAGCCCGUUGUUCCCAAGAAUGUAUGUCGCCAGGAGUGCUUGUGCCCAUGAGAUCACCCCCUGCAUUGCCUGGCCCACUGCUUAUCCCCUCAGACAGUUCAACUGAACUCACACACACCUUACUUGAGGGAGAGACUAUCUCAUGCUUCAUGGUUGGUGGAGAGAAGAGGUUAUGUUUGCCACAGGUCUUAAAUUCAGUGCUUCGAGACUUCUCGCUACAACAGAUCAAUGCUGUAUGUGAUGAAUUGUACAUUUAUUGUUCAAGGUGUACAGCAGAACAGCUACAGAUUCUCAAGGUCCUGGGCAUCUUACCUUUCAACGCUCCAUCCUGUGGACUUAUAACCCAGACUGAUGCUCAGCGGUUAUGCAAUGCCCUGGUUCACCCUGGUACCCUGCCCCCUGAAGCCAGCCGACUCCCUGGAAAAGCAGGCCUUUCCCAGUUGCAGAACGGGUCCAGCUUUGAGGUCGAGCAUUGGUGUCUUGGGAAAUGCCAGGGUUUAUUUGUGCCACACCUUUACAUCCACCCUGAUGCCGCCUGUAUUCAGUGUGUGGACUGUCACAUGAUGUUUUCCCCACAGAAGUUUGUGUUGCACUCACACAGGUUACCGGAUAAGAGAACCUGCCACUGGGGCUUUGAUUCGGCCAAAUGGCGCUGCUACGUGCAGCUGAGCCGUAAAUAUGUAGAAGCAUCGGAUGAAGCACUUUUUAAAAAGUAUCUUGAAGAAAUGAAAGGACGUUUCAACUUCAGUAGCCAGCGAAAAAGAAUGCUUGCAAAGCAGUCUGUCUCAGAAGAACAUCAGCCCAAGAAGGCACAGUUAGAGCACACUGGUUCUCAAGAUGAGGCUUCUGAGAAAGGCUUUGACAGAAAGAGUGAUUCUCAGCACACCCUGACAUUCCAGCACUGCUAUCCAGUCAUCAAACAAGAAGUCGGUCAUCUGACUCAGCCACAACCUUCAGUCAUCCAUCCAAGCUGUCUUUUAUAUAUGUACGAUAAGGUGAUAGCUCCAAAUGUUUCAUUGGCUCCACCUUUACAACGAUGUAGAGAUGCCACUAAGCCGGUGAAUAAAGAAUCUGCGAUGGACACGUCCACAAGUUUGGAGGAGGAGGUGAAACAUCAGAAGGAAAAUGUGGAUAAGAAGCUGAUUUCGUAUUACGCAUCAUCUCCAGAAGAGGAAGGAAGCAACACCUCAUUUGCAGAUUCCUAUCAUUCAUGUAACCGAGCUUCAGUCUCUUCCACUGCAGAUGAAGAAUACAUCAAGUGUGAAAGUGUCAGCAACAAAAACAAAGAGGGGGUUCCCACAGACUUAAGUAGCAAUUCAUCACGUACUGAUAAAGAGACUCGUAAUUCUUCUCUGCACAUUGGAGAGCACACAGAAGAGGAGAAUGAAAAAAUAGUGGAACAAAUCAUGAAGACGUACUGUCUACAGCAGGAGAAACUGAAUACCACAAUUCACCAGAAGAAGCAUUUGCAAAUGUUAGCCGAGCUGAGACAAAGGCUGGACCGAGCGGAAGCAGAUCGCCGGGAACUCCAGGAAGAGCUGAGGUGUGAGCGCGAGGCACGGGAGAAGCUGGAAGCCAUGGUGAAGGAACUGAAGCUUCAGAUCAUAGAAACUUCCAGAAAUAAAGUCGGCACUGAGGUGAACUCUGUAACAGACUGAUGAGAGCAAAAUCUCCUCCGAGGUGCCCGCAACUUUGACGUGAAGUAAUUUUUUUAGAAUUACUUUCAAAUGCGACUGAUGAAUUCAAGUCUGGAAGGAAUCUGUGCAAUUGAGUAACAGUUGCUUUGAAUACUGGAGUUAAUUGUAAUUAAUCCAGUUUAGAGCAAAAAUCUAGAAAGAAAAGUUUAAACUAAUUCAGUUUUGUAUAUAAAUAUAUAUAUAAUGCACUCGUUAAAUAUCUACAUAAUAAAAUGGCUAAGCAUGGGAGAUAUGUUAUUUGAUAACUUUUGAAAAUUUAUAUGCAUGUAGAGCCAGUCAAACAUAAAACCUGUUCUCUGUGCUCUUUCCCAUUGCCUUUAUAAAUGGCUUUUGUUAAAAUCACCAAUUGCAUCGGUCCCUGUGCUUUGUUGCUGAACCCCGUUUACUUCAUAUUGGCACAAUAUGCAAGAAAACCUGUUUUGUAAUUUUCGGCAGUUCGGUUGUUCAGAAAACUUCAGCUUUAUUCUCUGAAUUUGCAUGUGUUCUUUAUCGCUGCUUCUGCCCCUCAGUUCCACUGUACCGAUAGCUCUAAUAUGCAGGGCAGGCCAGGGAGACUAACUUUGGAUUUGAUUUACUAAGAAAGCAAUUUUACAAAGGCAGUCGAUUUCUCUUUUUACAAAAUCCUGAAGUGGGCCCUAAAUUAUUCCAUCCCAUUAUUAUUCAGAAAAUGUAAAAUAUAUAAACUGUAGCAGACAUGGCUAUGGCUUUGCACAGUUUCCUCUAAAGGUGGUUGUAAAUGAUCAUUAAUGUAAAUUCCAAGCUCUAUUUUCUACAAUUUCUUUUCUUAUUUAUGAGUGGACUGCUCCGGUUUCUGAGGGACUGUUCUGAGGGUACUGCCUCCCUUGCAACUCACUGCUCUUGGAUGGGAGCUGUGCCAAUGAGUGCUAUAAGACUCAUUAAAAUAUUCACACUGAAGCCUGGUUGUGUGCUCUCCUGAUCCACAAAUGCCUCUUGCAACUGAUGCCAUUGGACGUUAAUCAAUAGACUGGCUUACUGUUUGCCUCCCUUUAAAGUUAAUUGCAGACCCUUUGCAGCAGUUGAAAAUAGCCACACAGCAACAAUUUCAUAUUAAAACUGUGGCCACCUUGGUCUGUACGAUGACGGAGUGUGUUGUCUGUAACCACUUACGGUGUCCCAUGACAAAAGUUUGAACACUUCUCUAAAGUAAUACCUGAAGCUUGAAGAAAGGAAUAAAUAGACAUUUGGAAACUAAAAUAAUUAUAUUGGUGUUAAUUCUCCUGGAACACUGGCUUUUCACUGAGGAUACAAUUUGCAUGCUUGAAUUUAUUCCAUACAUGUACACAGAAAAAGGGAAUAUUUUAUUGUCAACUUAACAAUCUGUGUAUUACCUUUUAGCUGCAACUGUGACGCAAAUUUAGCCUUACACCAUUCACUUCAAUACAGUGUGACAUUAUCAGGUGCAUCAUGCCGGUGUGAUAAAUAAUUAACCAUUUUAUUUUGAGUGAACCCAACUGACCUACCUUCCUCCUCAUCCCACCCCACUUCCUUUUCUCUCAUGGUCCUCUGUCCCAUCAAAAUCCUUCUUCUUUAGACCUUUACCUCUACCACAUAUCUCCUCCCAUUUUCUUACCAUCACCAACCAGCCUUCCCUCUCACCUGGCUUCACCUGUACUCCUUCCCUUCCCCUCACCUUUUAUUCUGGCUUCUUCUCAUUUCCUUCCCAGUCCUGCUGAAAGGUCUUGGUGAUACCUCUCCAUAGAUGCUGCCUGACCUGCUGAGUUCCUCCAGCAUUUUGUGUUUUGCUCUGGAUUUACAGCAUCUGCAGAAUCUCUUGUGUUUAUGCAAGGGAUAGUGUGAUAUUGUUUUAGUAACCACAUCUGGCUAUGUAGUUCCUGCCCUGCUUAAUAUUGCAAAGGGAUUUAAUAAAAUGCUCACCAUUUUAAAAAUCCAGCAGAGAAUUUUCAAAUCUAGACCCAAUCUGAAUUUUUAGGAAUAAACUGUAGAUCAAAAGUGAAAAUUGUUGAGAAAUAUAAGUAACAGUAAAGAAAAAUAAAUGAAAAUGAAACAAUUCUUAAGUAAAAAUCUCACCUGUCUCUGGUGUUGGUGGCAGCACUGAAAACAUUGCACUUCCCAAUCAGCCAUCAGGAACAUUCACAACUGGCUGAAGUUUGGGACAAGGCUAUGCAGAUUCUUUAUUCCUCUUCAUCGAUGCUGCUUGACUUGCUGAGUUCCUCCAGCAUUUUGUGUGUGUCACUCUGGAUUUCCAGCGUCUCCAGAAUCUCGUGUGUCUAUCAUUUUAUUGUUUUUGCUCCCGUUUGGAAUUUGUAGUUUUAAAACUUAAUGCCUUGCUGUCCCUUUGACAUAGGGCCCUCUGUUUGUCAGGGUCGGUCAUGGAUAUUGCAUCCUAGCUGUCUACUUGAUACGCUUGCUGGUACCCAAGCCAGGGCGUUACAAAAUGGAGAGCAAGCUAUUGCCCGUACAGUAGGCUCCCCUUCUCCUUUCAACUGAUGAAUCAAAGGGAACAGCAGAAAUGAAUACAGUUUGGCACCGGCUCACAGUCAGCGUUAGAAACGUAGAAAGCCUACAGCACAAUACAGGCCCUUCGGCCCACAAAGCUGUACUGAACACGUCCUUACCUUAGAAAUUACCUAGGAUUACCCAUAGCCCUCUAUUUUUCUGAGCUCCAUAUACCUGUCCAGGAGUCUCUUAAAAGACCCUAUCGUAUCCACCUCCACCACCGUCACUGGCAGCCCAUUCCACACACCUACCACUCUCUGUGUUAAAAAAAAAACUUAUCCCUGACAUCUCCUUUAUACCUACUCCCAAGCACCUUAAAACUGUGCCUUCUUAUGAUAACCAUUUCAGCCCUGGGGAAAAGCCUCUGACUAAUUCACACGUUCAAUGCCUCUCAUCAUCUUGUACAGCUCUAUCAGGUCACCUCAUCCUCUGUCCACUAAACUCAAUGCAGGAAUUCCUUUGGGAUCCUAUCUCUGGAUUUUUCCUCUAGGUUUACUCCCGAAGCCUUCUCCAUGAGUGGGUAUAGCCGCAAGGCAGUGGAGGUUUGAGAUCAGAGUUUUCCGUCUCCUGGGUGAGCUGCCAACCACGGCUAUUGAGUCCAAUCUGUCUGCAGCGACAGGUUUUAAGGCACCAGUAACUCACCUUGAAAUGGAACCGAUUCCACCAGGCUUUGUAGCUAAACCACAUGUACAGGCCAGAGCUGGCCUUGGUUGUCAGAGGGUAUUUGAGACUGUACCCCACUCCCCGGCUAUGACAACCUUAAGGAACCCUUCCACACUGGUUAGGGCAGGUUCAGCAGUGACACAACCUGAGGACUGCUAUUCGAAUGAAGUUCCUUUUUGUUUGUUCCAGUGUCUUCCUUCUGUUUUAUUUCACUGUUUCUGUACUUGGUUCUAAAGCACAUUAUGGCAUAUAAAAAUUUAUACUGCAUUGCAAAUAUUUAUAAUUACAGUCCAAAUAGUUCCUUACAAAAACUUGACUUUUGUAUGUCAAAAUUUCCUUUUGGCAUAAAUUUACCUAACAUCAGCAUUUAAAAGACAGCAUCAUCUGUCAGUAAGUGUGCGCUUAAUAUUAUACCAUUGCUUUAUUUGUCGUGUCACAGUGACUUGUGCGUUAAAUUUAAAACUUGCAGGGUCUUCAAGGACGCAGAUGGAAGAUUAAGUUAUCAAAAUUACUGAGGGUGGGGCACGGUGGCAUAGUGGUUAGCAAAAUGUUUUACAGUUCCAGUGGCCUAGGGUCAAUUCCCACCACUGUCUGUAAGGAGUUUGUACGUUCUCCCCCUGAAUGCGCGUGUUUCCCCGAGUACACUGUUUCCUUUCACGUUCCAAACAUGUACCAGUUGGUCAUUGUAAAUUGCCCGUGAUUAGGCUAGGAUUAAGUCGGGGGUUUGCUGUAUGGCACGGCUCAAGGGCAUCUUUCCUGCUGUAUCAGAAUAAAUAAAUAAUAUGAAAACAGGUAAUUUGUUUGUGUGAGACAACUUUUGAAUCUAAUUACUCAACUAACAAAAUUGACUCAUUAUUCUAUUGCUGAAUUCUGGAGUUAAGCUGCCUUGCCACUGUAUACGAUUCUCCACUUUUACACUUACUUUGUGGAAGUCCUCAUACAGGAUUCCCUAAAGAUUAACUUGGAGGUUGAGUCAGUGGUAAGGAAGGCAAAUGCAAUCUUAGCAUUUAUUUUGAGAUGAUUAGAAUAUAAAAAUAAGCAUACAAUGUGGAGGCUUUAUAAGGAGGAAUUAAAUGCAGCAUCUCCAAGUUUGCGGAUGACACGAAGCUGGGUGGCAGUGUUAGCAGUGAGGAGGAUGCUAAGAGGAUGCAGGGUGACUUGGAUAGGUUGGGUGAGUGGGCAAAUUCAUGGCAGAUGCAAUUUAAUGUGGAUAAAUGUGAAGUUAUCCACUUUGGUGGCAAAAAUAGGAAAACAGAUUAUUAUCUGAAUGGUGGCCGAUUAGGAAAAGGGGAGGUGCAACGAGACCUGGGUGUCAUUAUACACCAGUCAUUGAAAGUGGGCAUGCAAGUACAGCAGGCGGUGAAAAAGGCAAAUGGUAUGCUGGCAUUUAUAGCGAGAGGAUUCGAGUACAGGAGCAGGGAGGUACUACUGCAGUUGUACAAGGCCUUGGUGAGACCACACCUGGAGUAUUGUGUGCAGUUUUGGUCCCCUAAUCUGAGGAAAGACAUCUACUCCUGCACCUAUGUCUCAUGGUCUGAUAUGAGAAUGUACCUAAUAUGUUUGCUUGCUCAGAUUGUUCUGAAGUUUCUUGUCUUUCCUUUUGUUACCAUGCAUGCAAUGUUAAUAUCUUAGCUAACCUUUUGAUUCUUUUUGUUUUUUUAACUACAUUCCUUACCGUACUUGUGUGGUACAUUUUUCAUUUUAGUUUGAUUAUAUUCAUUUAAAACUUUUUACUGCUAUAUUUGGAAUUGAUAAAGUGCUCAAAGGAUAAUUGAACAAUAAAUUAUUAUGGAAAUGAUUUAAUUAGUCAGAUGGCAGCAUGGUACUGUGGUAGCUGUGUAACGCUGUUACAGUGACCCGAGUUCUAUUUCUGCUGUUGUCUGUAAGGAGCCCUCACCAUGACUGCAAAGGAUUUCUCCAGUUGCUCCAAUUUCCUCUCUCAGUCCAAAGACAUACGGGUUAGUAAGUUAAUUGGUCAUGUGAGAGUGUACUUUGAUGUUGCAGGCUUGUUGGGCCCAGAGGGCCUUUUUUAUGUAUCUCUAAAUUAAAAAUCUAUAUAGUUUGUAAACAAACUGCAAUUUAUUUCUUUUUUAAUAGAACAACAUGUAUAACUAAAUUCUGUUGCAAACAGUUGAAUUGUCAUAGAGAUAAGAUUAUGCAUCUACUUAAAAUGCAAAACCUGCAGAUGCUGUAAAUCUGAAAUAAGAAUGAUGGAACCACUCACCUGGUCAGCAGCACCUAUGGAAAAAGCAACAAAGUUUGCACUUCAGUCAUUGGCCUGAAGGAGACCUGUUCUACUAAUUCUAAACCACUUGACAUGUUUAACCCUGCUUCUCUGUCACUGAUUGCUAUAUGGGUGUUCCCAACUUUUUUAUGCCAUGGACCAAUACCAUUAAGCAAUGGGUCUGUGGACCCGCAGGUUAGCAACGCCUGCCCUAUAAUUAUUUCAGCAUUUUCUGUUUUUAUUUGUGAACUGUUCAUGUGGUUUUGCACUUAGUUUUGCUUAAUGAUAUGCUCUCCAGUUUAGCUGAAUUUUGAACCAAUUUUCUUUCGACAUCAGUGCUGCUGAGCACUGACAGUUUGUGUGAAUGGAACUAUUUUUGGCUGUACUAAAAUUGAAUGUGCAGUGGAUCUGAAUCUUACGUUGUUUGACAGAUUUAAAAGGAAAUGAUCCAAGUCAGUAAAGAGGGCUAUAGAAUACUAGGAGACAUUCACCCACAGUUCUUGAGAGAUGAGUGAAUUGAGUAUAUAGAUCGGUAACUGCUCAAAUAAAUACUGUCACCUUUCUGUGAGAGAUGUGAUAUUUAGAUUUAAUGGCACUGGAAAGCUAUCAGUGUUAUAUACCUCCAAAUAAAGUAGGGUACCAAAUAAAGUGGCCAUUAAGGAUAUGUUUAUGAUCUCCAAUUACUGUAGCCCAUCCACUUCAAGUUUCGAUGUGUUAUGCAUUCAGAGAUGCUCUUUUGCACACCGUUGUUAUAAUGCAUGAUUAUUCCAAUUACUAUCACCUCCGUCAGCUUGAACAAGUCCAACAAUUCUCUGAUCUCUCUGAGACAUUUUCCCCCUCAGAAUUGCCGCUUACUGGAUGUUUUCUAUUUUCACACUAUUCUCUGUAUACUCCAGAGACUGUGUGUGAAAAUCACAGGAGAUAAGCAGUUUCUGAGAUACUCAAACCACACCAUCUGGCACCAACAAUUAUUCCACGGUCAAAAUCACUUGGGUCACAUUCCUUUCCCAUUCUGAUGUUUGGUCUGAACAACAAUUGAAACUCUUGACCAUGUUUGCAUGCUGUUAAUCUGUUAAAGUUCUGCUUAUUUCAUAAACUAUCCUGGUGUAUAUUUUACAUAGUUUUUAGACUUUAAAAAUGUUUUCAAGAAGACUGCAGUAAAUAGUGUCUGGAUGUACCCGAACUAUGGCUAGCAACUUGAUGAGUACUCUUGGUUAGUAAGAGUGUCAAAGGUUACUGGGAGAAGACUGGAGAAUGGGGUUGAAGGUUAAUAAAUCAGUCAUGAUCAAAUGACAGAGCAAAUGUGAUAGGCUGAAUGGCCUAAUUCUUCUCAAACAACCUAAUGGUUCCAAUUUGAACUGCAAGUUACAAUGAUUGAUGUAACAGUGACCGUUUUCUUUGAGGUGUAUUAUCACCAAGCUUAUGAUCCAGAUAUUGUAUGUUUCUUUAAAGUGGGCUGGGUUGGGGUGAUCGACACCAGGGUUGUUGCUGGUGGUCAGGUAAUGCAUCUGCAGUGUUUGGCCAGUGACAGCCCAGGACCUGAGCACCUUUCACACAAAAUGAGCCACAUUUCGUGUGAAAGAUCUACCAGUACAUGGUCACAAUGCAAUAAAGCUUCUAAUAAUUCUGUUUAACUUCGUAGGGUUUUUCUCCUUGCCCAAUUAAACCUUUGAAUAAUGUACUAUUGAUACAGCAUAAAUAUUAAAGUCCAUAUAACAUCAGUUCAAGACAGAAUACUGUGAAAUAAAGAGUAAUUCUCUGUUUUGAGUCUAAUGGUUGUAUUUCUAAUUCAUUUUUGAUAUUUGUGCAAUUUCUACCAAUACUAUGUAACCUAGUGUAUAGCAAUUAUGCAAUAGUUCAAAAAAUGUUGCUUAUAUUUCAACUUGUAUAUAAAGAAAAAUGGUUCAAGGACGCUGGAUAAAGCCUUGUAUUUAAUCUGGUACUUUGUUAUAUUAGAUUGUACAUAGGUGUAUUUUGACUUUGUGUGUCUGGAAAGCAGAAGGACUUUAACUUCUGGUAAUUUUCCCCUCUCCCCCUUCUUCAAUUCCCUCCGCUGGCUCUCCUCUUAUUUUCUCCUGCUUAUCACCUCCACCUGGUGCCUCUCCUCCUCCCCUUUCUCCCAUGGUCCAUGCUCCUCUCCUAUCAGAGUUCUUCUCCAGCCUUUUACCUCUUGCAUAUAUGCAUUCCCAGCUUCCCUCUUCAUCCUCCCUCUCCCACCAAUCUACCUUCCCCCUGACUUGGCUUCUCCUGCCACCUGCCAGCUUGUCCUGCUUCCCCUUUCCCUAUUGUCUUAUUCUGGCUUCUUCUCCUCUUCUUUUCCAGUCCCGAUGAAGGGUCUCAACUUGAACCGUUAACCGCUGCAGAAGAAAAGGGCUUGAUCAGAGUAGUAAUCUUUGUUAUGAUAGGUACUCUGUGCCAUUUUGAAGGUACUGUGUGUAUUACCUUAACCUAAAGAGGCAUCCAGUGGAAGAAGUAGUCUUGUGAUUGCCUGCAUAAUGACAUGGACAUUUUACCAAUAUUUACCUCAGAAAAUCAAGGGAGAUUUUCUAUUGUCUUGUCAAUAUAACUGCAUUGGUAAACAUCGAAUAUUUAGAGAUGCACAGCACCUAGCUAUUGUAACGUGAUAUCUUAAACACAAGCAAGUCUGUAGAUGCUGGAAAUGUAAAGCAACACACACAAAAUACCGAAGGAACUCAGCAGGUCAGGCAGCACCUAUGGAAAUGAAUAAGCAGUGGACAUUUUGUGCCAAGACCCUUUUCAGAACUGGAAAGGAAGGGAGAAGAUGCCAGAAUAAAAAAGAUGGAGAGCUGGAGGGGAAGGAGAAGGUGAUCAGUGAAGCCAGCGGGGUAGGAAAGAUAAAGGGGCUGGGAAUCUGAUAGGAGAGCAGAGAGUGGAGUAUGGGAGAAAAGGAAGGGGGAGGGGACCCAGGGGAGAUGAUAGGCAGGUGAGAAGUGUUAAGAGGCCAGAGAGGAGAAUAGAAGGGGGGGGGGAGGAGAUUUUUUUUCUCUCUAAUAGGAGAAAUCGAUAUUUAUGCCAUCAGGCUGGAGGCUGCCUGGGCAGUAUUCGAGAUGUUGCUCCUCCACCCUGAUGUCUGAUAUCUGUUGUAUUUAUUUUCUUGUAUAAUCAGCAUACCGAACUAAAAUUGUGAUAGUUGAUGCUCUGCAUGUAACCACCAAUUUACAUUUUUGUACUUUGCUCAUCUUUGUAAUAAGGCCAUGAUCAACAAAAAAAAUCUUAAGCCAAAAAUAUUUCAAGCAGAACAGCAUGCACAGUUCUGCAAUUGUGGUUGUCCAUCAUGUCCAAUGAUGACAGGAAAACUUUGCAGGAGAGUUCUUAAAGUGGAAAAGCUGUUGCACUCUCUGGCCUUCUGAACUCCAGGUAGAUGACCAUGAUGCCCUUCACUCUCCACGGAGCGUUGCAGUAUCGCAUUUUUAGUUCUUGUUUUUCACUGUGGAUCUCAUCUGCUCAGUCCACUGGAGCUGACUUCACUUGCCAGGACAGGUAUGUCCCUGUCUCACCAGGUUCAGCCCACCUGUUGAAGCAGUGUACUGGGAUGUGGCCACUGUCACAUGCAAAGAGCUACCUGGAGCCACAGGUGAGAACUGAGUGUCCAGUGGAGACCAAAGGUGAGUGAACUGCCCUGGAAUGACAUGACAAGCCCCUCAGCAGAGGUGCUACCCCUCCCAGGACAUCCCAUUGGUCUAAAUCAUAAAUGACUAAAACUAGCAGAGAAUGUCCUCAGUAUUAAAUGUUUGUGCUUUGUCUUGCAACAUAACUCCAGGAAGCACUGGGGGAAAUUAGGAACAGGUAGGAGGAUAACUUUAAUCCAUUUGAUUCCUUCUAGUUCACUGUCUUUCAUGUCAAGUUUCUAUUAAAACUCUCCAAGGCAAAAAUAUCCUUCCUUGGGUAAAGAAAGCAAAACCAUUCAGGUAUGUAUAGUGGAUGUACACACUUAGUGGCCACUUCAUUGGUUACCUCCUGUACUUUAUAAAGUGGCCUCCGAACCAUAUGUCUGGUGUUCUGCUGCUGUAGCACAUCCACUUCCAGGCUCUAUGUGUUGUACAUUUCGAAAUGCUCUUCUGCACACCACUGUUGUAACGUGUGGUUAUUGGAGUUACUGUCACCUUCCUUUCAUUAUUGUCAGCUUCCCGUAAGCUUGAACCAGUCAGGGUGUUCUCCUCUGAACUUUCUCAUUAACAACGCAAACAUGAGGAAAUCUGCAGAUGCCAGAAUUUCAAGCAACACACAUAAAAAUUGCUGGUGAACGCCACAGGCCAGGCGGAGGUAGAGCUCUGCGUCACGGCGGGCGCAGAGCUCACUGAUGUGUGGGCACAGGGAAACAAAGAUGAGGCCCUUACUGCGAACAGAACGUUCUGCCUCAGAGAAAGGAAGGUCG